UAGUCAAACACAUCUAUAAAUGUUUGAUUGAGAUUAAAUUUUUUUAAAUUUUAAACUCUAUAUGAUCUCGGUCCAACGGUCAUUGAUGUGGCUAAGUGUAUGAAUAUGAGAUUCUUUCAUGUUUGGUACAUACUUUGUACCUGUUUUAAAAAUUGUUGCAAAACUUAAAUAUCCUUUUAUGUUAGUUUAAAAUACACGUUAACAAUUUAUUAUUAUAUGACAUAUAGACUAGACGGUCACAUAAUUCGAUUUUGAUCAUUUUAAUUUGCAUUUGCAUGCGGUGAGAAAUCAGCCGUUAGCCAUUGUAUGACAUGGCUUCACCCAGUUGCUGUCAAACAAGUUGACAUUCAUGGAACCGUUGCUUCCUUCGCGGUUUCUGGUACUCCAGCUGAUUGCACUUCUCUCGGAAUUUCCAGAGCACUAUUUCCUACAACACCUAAUCUGGUAGUCAGUGGCAUAAACAAGGGUAGCAACUGCGGCUAUCACAUUGUUUACUCAGGCACUGUAGCUGGAGCUCGAGAGGCCUUCUUCAAUGAUAUCCCUUCAAUCUCUAUUUCAUAUGACGGGGGUUAAAGGAAAGAGUAAUCCACACGAUUUUGCUCUUGCUGCACAAGCGUGUAUUCCAAUCAUAAGCACCGUACUGGUUGAUAUAAAGAAUCAAAGCUACCCUGGAAAAUGUUUUUUGAAUAUAGACGUGCCAAACGAUGUUGCUAACCAUAAGGGUUACAAGCUAACAAGGCAGGGUAAAAGUAUCUUUAAGAUUGGAUGGAAGCAAGUCACCUCUCAGACAGAAGGACCAAUAAUGUCAUCUGAUAUGACCAAUACUGAUAUUCAUACACCUAAAAAUUAUGGCACAUCAUCUGCAUCACCUGAACAUCUUUUAUUUGCGAGGGAGGUAAAAGGUUCCGUACUUGAUCACGAUGAUACAAAUUACACAUCCUUGAAGGCGGGCUAUAUUACUGUUACUCCUCUUGCUGGUCUCUCCCGUGUGGAUGUAGAUUGCCAGGCCUAUUUUGAGGAAUGGCUACAAAGUGUCUCCAAACCCCUCUCGUUGGAAGCUUUAUAGUUCCAUAAGAUCUAUCAUAUCCUAAGCACUAGCAGCAGUCUGCUUACUCCGCAAUGCAAGCCAUCACUCCAUUAUUAUCUUGGGGCAAUCAAGACAUUUCAACAGUUUGUUAUAUCAUGAUUGAAUGAGAAUGCCUAUUUUCUGUAAGCUCAUAAGCAAUGCAAACAAAACAUCUCUCAUUUUUAUAUCGAUAUUAUAGCAAUUCUUGUUAUAUAGUAUUCGUUCACGCGGAUUGCUUAGCUUGUGUUAGACCUCUCAUUAGUAAUUACUAUAGGAGGAAAUGCGACAAUAUGUUUUUAUGUGUUUGACAGAUAUGUGUGUUUUAUGAAUAGGAGGGGAUUAGGCUCUCUAAACUGUUUAUUAUAACGUCUUUAAUCUUUCUUAAUGUAUUGAUGUGAGUUUGUCUUUGUAAA